GUUUCCAUAACAACAUGGUGUAGCAAACAAACCAGCACAAGUAGCGGGAAAAAUCGUCUAGAAACAUUUUAGUAUUAGUGUCGAGCUUUCAAACUUUGCUGAAUACCUUCAGAGUGAUAAACUGUUGUCCACAAGACCCCGGACAAAGGAAGCCCAUUGGUUCAGUUAUCCUAUAGCUUUAGUUUAUCGAUCAGGCUCUCCUGUCUCCAAAAACCUGGACAGCUCUGGGCUCUGCUGUGGGCUGAAUGCUUGACUGAAGCUGAAAAGGAUCCUCUCUAAAGCGGUAUCUGUGACGAGCCACCAUGGUACUUCUGACCCUCGAUGUGAUUGCUAAAUCUAAAAACCACUUCAAAAAGAAAAGGGGCCUCUCCUUCCCAGAGUACCUUAGGGCCCUCACCCACCUCCACUUUUCCUGCAAGAAUAUUGAAAGCAUUGGUGAUAUCUCCAUGUGUAGGAACCUCACUGUCCUUUACCUUUAUGACAAUCAGAUUACACGCAUUUGCAAUCUUGACUUUGCCUCCAACCUCACCCAUCUGUACAUGCAGAACAACAACAUCACUCAUAUAGACAAUCUCUUCAAUCUGCAGAAGCUCUCCAAACUGUAUCUAGGUGGAAACAGGAUUGCAGUGGUGGAGGGCUUAGAGAAGCUCCAUGAGCUCAAGGAGCUUCAUCUGGAGAAUCAGAGGCUGGCACCAGGGGAGCAGUUGCUCUUUGACUCCCGAACCCUCCUCUCUUUGUCUGAAUCUCUUUGUGUCCUGAACAUCAAUAACAACAACAUUGAUGACAUCAAAAAUCUCUCAGUUUUGAAGGAACUCCAGCAGUUUUCUGCAGCUGACAAUAAAUUAAGCAACAUAGAGGAUUUAGAGGUUGUAUUCAGCCACUGGCCUGAACUGCUUCAGAUGGACUUGAGUGGAAAUCCCGUGUGUGGAAAAGCAAAGUACAGAGACCGUCUAAUAACUGUGUGCAUAAGCCUGGAAGUUCUUGAUGGGAGGGAAAUUAAUGAGUCAACCAGACAGUUUCUUAUCUGGAAAGCAUCAAAAGAGGCAAAGAAGAUCAAAAACAACCAACAUGUGACAAAUGGAGAGAUAAUCCUUUAUCAAUCAGCAGGUAGCUUCAUGGGUCAAGGUCCACAUCCUGCUCACAUCCACAGCCAUGCUAGUGUGCAGAGGAGAAUGCCGCAGCAGUUUCUCAGGGGACAGAAAUCAAAUAUUCCCUUGAAUGGAUUCCUCAGUCAUGUGGCUAUCUCAUCUUCCCCUGCCUACAGUCAUCUGGACAAUUAAGAUGAACCAAUCAGACCAAUAAAAUCUUCAUCAUCCCUACACACAGACAAAUUAGAUAGUGCACAACACUAACCUUGCUAAAAUAUAACUUUGAAUUCAAAAACUUUAUCUCUCUCUUUAAAGCUUGGGAUAAUUUAUCUGUGUAUUAAGGAGGAUACAAUUUUUGAUCUUGAUCUAGAUCUCUGUGAAUGAGUGCAUACCUUAGAAUUAGGCUACUGUUGUUGACAAGGGGAAUUUAAAAAGUACAAUAAAUAAUGGUUUGUUCCUAACAAUGCAUUUGAAGUCUGGGGAUGUAAACUCAGACUGUUUCUUCCUGCAAAUUCUACUGUGACAUAUUUUUCUUCUGCAGGAAAUAAGUGAAGGAGAGAUGCAGAGUGGCACA